AUGUAUCAUUACUCCAGUCCACCACACGGGUGGUCCACCUACGACUACACGCAAUCACCUCCUACCUCACCUCAAUACGCCUACUACGCCUCUCAGUUCGCAAACUCCUACUCGCCUCGAGGCACUGCACGUCGACACAACCGCAAGGCCAGCUACACAGCGACCAAAGAAACGCCAGGAUGGUAUUCGACCUAUCAACCAGGUUUCUACGAACCCACAGACUAUGGCAUUCCAUCGCGAAAGCACGAUCAUGUAAGUGCUACUUUUGGAAAGCCCACACACUGUCGAUACCACUCCUCGGCUGGUCACCCUCCGGGGGAUGGCCUCGGCAACGGAUACGGAAUCGACCCGUCGCAAUCGCAGACCCGACCCAUCUUCGUAGAUGUGGUCGACGACGCAUUCGACCGCCCUCAACCCGGUCGCCAUGGUCGUCCCCCUACGACCCCGAAAGAUGGUCCCCGUCGCGCCUCGACCUCUUACCGCAAAGCCAACCCCGCUGAUUCUCACUUUUACUUCACUCAGGCCCCUAACAACGAGGAUAUCGACGCGGCUCGACGAUCCCGCACAAGACGUCAAUCUACCUCAACUCGCACUCCUAAGCCAAAGCCUCCUCCCGCGACCAAACCGGCUCCCGUCGCCACCGAAGAUGAUGCCGAUCGGGCAGGUAUUCCACCUGGAUACUCAAUCAAGAACUGGGACCCGACAGAAGCGCCGAUCAUUUUGCUCGGCAGUGUAUUCGAUGCAAACUCCCUCGGUAAAUGGAUCUACGACUGGACCGUUUUCCACCACGGGGCUUCGACCCCAAUGGCCGACGUCGCUGGCGACCUGUGGCUAUUGUUGAUCAAACUAGCGGGCAAAGUCAAGCGGGCUGACGAAUGCCUGCCUCGCAUCCAACGCAUCGAUGCCCAGGAGGUCGUCGAAGACUUCUUGGAGAGUGGCGAGCGCCUUUGGAGCCGCUUCAAGAAAUUGCUCAAGGGCUGCGAGCUCUACAUGUGGAAGGCCGCCAAGCGAGAAGGUGGCAAAGGGCCUGUCUCGAUGGGUCGCAAUGCAGGCUGCGAGUUCGUCGAAUCGAUCUUCGGCCGCGACCGCGAGCUUGAAAAUACGGAGAAGCUCAUGAACAGCAUUCGGCUGUGGAACAUGCGCUUCGACGCAAACUGCGAAGAUAUCCUGCGCCGCCCGACGGCCGCUUAG